AUGGCGUCGCUGCUGCUGCUCCGGCAGCUGAGCCACGCCGGUGCCUCCUCUCGCGCCGGCUGCCAGCCGCCGGCCGCGCCCCCCUGGAGCAAUCCCCCCGGCCAGCCCGCCUGGCGAGAUGCCAUCCGCUGCGGGGCCUCGACGCCUCGGGGCCAUCUGAUCGACGGCCGGGAGGCUGCCGAGUUCGGCGGCCACGGACGCGGCCGGCUGGGGUCCGCAUCCAUCGGCAACGGCUCGCACGCCUCGGGGGAGAUAGCGGAUGCCGUGGUGUCGACGCAGUUCGUGGCGGAGACGCUGCUCCCCACGCGGACCGGGAGCUAUCGGCUUCGCGGCUACCGCCACACGGUGAACGGCUGGAAUUCUUACACGGAGCCCGCAGUGAUCGUAUCAGGAGAUGUCCAAGACAAGGAGAACAUCCCUGUGCGGGUGCAUGAUGCAUGCUUUACCUCAGAGGUUUUGGGAUCCAUGAAAUGCGAUUGUGCUCAGCAGUUGCAGCUCGCUCUGGAGUACAUCCAGAAAAUCCCACCUGGUGUGGUUAUCUAUUUGCAGCAAGAAGGCCGUGGUAUCGGACUCGCAAACAAAAUCGCAGCAUAUGCUCUGCAGGAAGAAGGCCUGGACACUGUAGAUGCUAACCGGGCUCUGGGCUUGCCGGAUGACUGCAGAGAGUAUUCAUCAGUUGCCAAUAUCCUGAGGGAUUUGCGCAUCAAAAGCAUAAGGCUCAUGACGAACAAUCCUAGGAAGAUUUCUAUGCUUGAAGAUCUGGGGAUCUGCAUAACAGGACGCAUACCUUGUAUUGUGCGACCAGGCAAAUACAAUCAG